AGAGCAACUCCAACAACUCCUAAGAAAAUUACUCCUAUACAAGGAAUUUGGGAUCUCCCUAAAUCAUGUAAUUCCAAAAAAAAAUGUUCAACUCCAACAAAUCCCAAAAAUAUAAGUUAGUUAUGGUGGACCCACAACAUCUCUUUAGCCGGACCUCUCGCAAAAAUCUGUUGAGGCUUCUGCGCCGCCAUUCAAAGUCACCGUGCAGAAACUUUCUUCUGCCAUCAAUCUUCCAAAGGAGUAGCAGGUGCCACCAUCGUUGGAGCUGACCAGGCAGGUGCUGCCAUCCCUGGACCUUCACCAUCGCACAGAAGGCAGAAGCUGCACACGAAAUUUGAGUUCCUGCACAGGUACCUGAAAGCAGGUGUCGGAGUUGCUCCCUUGCUUCCUUUACACAGUACCUUCCAUCAUGAGUCAUCGACCAUCGCUAUUGCAAAGAAUUUUGGAUGAGUCUUCAUCCGAUGAUGAUGAUGAUAUUAGUUUUGGCGAGUACAAUAUUUUCCAUCAUCCAUCGCAUAUUCAUCGAAAACGGGUUGGUUCUAUGCCUGGACAUAUAGUUAAAUAUCGAGACAGACAAGGAGGUCACGCAAGAAUGUUUCAAGAUUACUUAGCAGAUAAUUCUACAUUCAGCUUAUCUGAUUUUAGGCGAAGGUAUAGAAUGAGUCGUGAUUUAUUUAAACGCAUAAUGGCUGCAGUACAAGAUCAUGAUGAUUACUUCCAAUUAAAGUUCAAUGCAGCAAAUAUAGCUGGAUUAAGUUGCUUCCAAAAGGUGACCGCAGUAUUCCGUAUGCUAACUUAUGGAGUAGCAGCAGAUGCCACAGAUGAGUAUGUACGUAUUGGAGAAAGUACUGUUAUAGAGAGUCUGAGAAGGUUUGUGAAGGCAGUAAUUCAAGUGUUUGGUGAUGAAUAUUUGAGAUCUCCCAAUGAAAAUGAUACAGCUCGGUUACUUGAAUUAGGAAAACAAAGAGGAUUUCCUGGAAUGUUAGGUUCAAUAGAUUGCAUGCAUUGGAGGUGGAAGAACUGUCCUUCUGCAUGGCAUGCUGAAGGCCAAGCUCCACAAGUGCAUUACUCCAUAAAUGGUCAUAAUUACACGAUGGGGUACUAUCUUGCUGAUGGCAUAUAUCCAUCAUGGGCAACACUUGUGAAGACUAUACCAGAGCCACAAGGGAACAAGCGAAGAUAUUUUGCCAAAGCACAAGAAGCUCUAAGAAAGGAUGUUGAGCGUGCAUUUGGAGUUCUACAAUCUCGUUUUGCUAUUGUUCGUGGUCCAGCACGUUUUUGGGAUGAAGAGACGUUAGGUGACAUCAUGAAAGCAUGUGUUAUUAUGCACAACAUGAUUGUUGAAGACGAGGAAGAAAUCGACCCUGAUGAACGUUUUCAGGAUGGUGGACAAAAUGUGCAACCUUCACAUGAUCAUCAUCAAGAUUUGGAUGAAUUCAUUGAGGUCCAUAGAAAAAUUAGGGACAAAGAAACUCACCAUCAGCUGCAAGAAGAUCUGGUGGAGCAUAUAUGGCGGCAUCAUGCUGAUGAAUAUUAAUUUUUUCCACUAGAACUAGGGUGUACUCGACAUUGGUCUAGUUGCGUUCAAAUAAGUAUUUACAACCAACCAGUAUAAACUAUUCAAUUUUUUCUGCAAUUUUUUUAUGAAAUUAACAUAUUCUCGGCUC